AGGUGCUGUCGAUACGCAGUUCGAUAAAGCUUUCUCGGUCGAAAAUCCUUCAUGGACAAAUCAGGAGCUUCAGACGAGAGGACGACCAUAACUCUAGACGGCGCGCCGAAGCUGCUUGCUCGAGGUGUCCUAUCAGCCGGUGCCACUGAUGAGCGGAACGGCCAUUCAAGAAACAGAUCAGCGACCUUCUUCAAGAGCGUGCAAUGGUCGCCGGACGGAUCAACAUUGCUCUCCGUAAUCGAGAAUAAUCAUCUUCAAAGCUGGAUUGUACCCCCAGACAUCCUCGAACCUACAAACCUCACCACACGCACUCUAUCCCCGUACACUACAACACGCUCCGCCGAAUCAAUCCAUGCAGCCCUCUUUUACCCCUUCUACUCCCUCCAAAACCCCUCAACAUGCCUCUACCUUGCCUCCUCCCGCGACCACCCCAUCCACCUCCACAACUCCCUAACAGACCAAGUCGUCGGUUCAUAUCCAAACAUCAACCACGUCGAGCGCUUUCUGGCGGCGAAUUCGAUGUGUUUUGCGCCUGAUGGGGCACACUUUGUUGUGGGGACUAUGGAGCGGAUUGCGGUAUUUGAUGUGCAUAGGUUGGGAACGGGACCAAUGUCUGUUAUACCCACGGUACGGAAGUUCGACUCGAUGUCGCAGCAGGGUGUCAUAUCCGCACUCGCUAUUGCUCCUUCUUCGCCUUCGUUGCUAGCUGCAGGUAGCUAUUCCCGUACCGUGGGACUCUACGACAUCUCCGCACCCCCACGCUCGUCUUGUGUCGCCGUUUACCCCGUCGAGUCGAAAAGCGGUGGAGUCACACAAGUAGUCUGGAGCACGUGCGGACGAUACCUGUACGUAGUCUCGCGACGCAGCGACGGAAUCGAAGUCUGGGAUAUCCGCGGUACCGGCGAAGUCCUAGGCUCCUUACGCGGCAGAAACGCCUUCACGAACCAGAGAAUCAGUAUCGACAUCUCACCCGAUGGCCGGUCCCUUCUGAGUGGUAGCGUGGACGGUAAAAUGAGAGAAUGGAAUGCAGUCAUUGAUGGAUCGGAGUUGUCUGGCGAGCCUGUGCGUGUGUGGGAUGCCGCGAGUGCGGGCACGACAGUUGCUUCGGCGACGUAUAACCCUGUUUAUCCAAAGAUGGUGGCAACGUGUACUGGGCAGAGAUCUGAAAUUGACCUGGAGGAUUCAGAAUCGGACUCUGAUUCUGGAGUGGACUCGGAGCAAGAAUUUAGGAAGCCAAGGCUGCGCCGACAGGACGUUGAAAGCCAGUUGGAUUUAUGGUUAUGUGGUUAAUGCCUGGUUAAGCGAUCUGGAGGGUCGGAUUUUGGCAGCCAAAUUGCCUCCAGCUUUGCACAGCCGAAGGCCUUGCAAGCAGUCUCGGUCCUUCGUAUAAGGGAAGACAAACGUUCAGCUCACGCCCUUGACGCCUACGACAAGACAACAGGGUUGGCCACUCGCGGUGAACGGCAGAGACAGUAUACCAUUG